AUGCUCAGGCUGCUCUCUAGGGCGCUCUCCUUCUUCUGGAGGCGUGCGGAUGGUGAGGAGAAAGAGCACGAGAGGUGUGCGGCCUCAGGUGUUAAAGGAUUAAGAACUGUACAAGGAGUAGUGACAAGAUUUUGCCAUGAUUAUGGGAUGAUAGAUGACAUGAUAACCUUCACAAAAGAUGCUGUUACAAAAAAUAUGCUGCUCACUAUUGGACAAGAAGUUACUGCCACUGUUGAAGAGGAUAAAACAUCAGGAGGUUUGAAGGCCAUCAAGGUAGAAGCAGUACAGAAUACAUGGGGAGACUCCGAUCCCACUUUUGAUGCUUCUGAACUUAAUAAGAAAACAUUAAUUGGUACUAUUACCUCGCUCUCUAAGGAUGGUGGCUAUAUUAAUCAGAAUACUUUUUUCACAAUGGAAAAUGUCUGUGAAGGUUUCGAACCUUGUAAAGGUGACUGGGUACAAGCAAAAUAUUUUAUUAACCCAAAAACAUGGAGCAGUGAAGCAGUUGAUGUGAACCCAUUGAGAUACAAGCAAGUAAACAAGGUUUGCAUUUCUAGCAUCUGUGGAAGAAUUGGUACAGUAGACGAGAGUAUAUUCUUCACUUUGGAUUCACUGAGACUUCCUGAUGGCUAUUCACCUCGCAGACAUGAUCUAGUGAACACGAUUGUGGUGGAGAGUAAUCAGUCAUGUUAUGUUUGGAGAGCUCUCUGCUUGGUGCCAGUCAGUCAGGAUGGUCAGACUCACUCUGGUGGAGUCAAUCUGGAUGAGCCUGAUGAAGACUUAAUGACAGACAAAGGAGGGUUGGAAGUAUCAAGAACAACUAAUUUUGGAACUUUGAAGCAGGGGGAAUCUAAAAGAAUGAUCAUUUGGAUAGAGAAUAAAGGGAGUGUGCCACAGUCCUUAAUCAACUGCAGAUUGGCUGGAUGGGUGAAAGACAAGCAAUUCAGUUUUCAGAUUCCUCAAAAAUGUGAGGACAGUCCGGAAGCAUAUCUCUUAUCUUCUCCAACAAAACAAGAAAGCCUCUCAACAGCUGUAGUUAAUUUGUGUAACAAUAGUGGAAGAAUGACAGAUGAGUCCUUGAAUAAUGCAUCCAACAUGAAGAAUAUGGUCCUUCAAGAAGGACUUAAUUCUCAGGAUACAGAUUUAACAAGAAAAAAAGGAAACUUUUCCUUUGUGAAAGAUGAAAAUCUACUUAAUGGAGUAAAUGAACAUCAAGAAGAUGUGGAACAAUCCAAAAAGAGUGUCAGUAUUACUGAGGAAAUUGUCAUACCACCAGGGGGAAAGACAUUCAUAAUAGUCAUAUGCACAGCUGUAAAUCCUGGAUACAGUAAAGAACUCCUGUUGCUUGGUUUUUCGGAUUUUACUGUUGGGCGCUGUAUUGAAGCAACUGUAACAAAUGAAGAAGAAUUACUGAUAGCACCUGGGAAACCAUUUUCUCCAAAAAAACAUAAGAUUAUUCCAGAACCUCAUCCAAGGAAGACAACAGUGGUUGCCCCUACAUACAGAAGAACUCGCAGAAAGCGGUUGCCAAGCUUUCUCCCACAUUAUACCAUACCAGCUGAGUUAAGAAAAUGUGUGGAGCAGAAGUUAGACAUACUGACCUUUCAACCUCUCCUAGCAGAGCAUCUUAAUCUAUGUAAUUAUAAAGCACGGUUUUCCACUCUCUUGUGGCUUGAAGACAUCUGUGCAGAAAUGGAGAUAAAAGACUUUAACAUGAGUGGGGUUACUUUGAAAAGGAAUGGGGACUUUUUAGUGUUGGAAGUGCCAGGAGUGGAAGAAGGCAGACCUCACCUGAUUCCAGGUGAUAAGGUGAUACUGAAAAGUCAGGUCUACUCUGACCAUAUAAUAGAGUACAUUGCCUAUAUUACUGAGAUAUGUAAUGAAGAUGUUUUUCUUAAAUGUAAUGCAGACUUUGAACAGGCUUACAACUUGGAACCCAUGGAUGUGGAAUUUGUUCAUUGCAGGAUUACUAGCAGGCGAUGCCAGUUGGCAGUUGAACAAGCUACCUGCCUGGGUGAAAAAGUGCUAUUUCCAGAAAAGCUUGUCCUGAAAUCACCACAAGCUAUCAAGACCCAGAAUACUACUGAGAAUUGUGGUGUUGAUAGUGGCCUGGAACAGUGUUCCCAGCAGGAAAGUAAGGUCAAAAAACUGCAGAACAAACAGGCAAAAAGUGGUGAAACUGUGACACUUCAACAGAGAGCUGGUGAAUUUUUCAAUCCUAUGCUGAAUGAGCAACAGAAGUUGGCAGUGAAAAGGAUACUGAGUGGUGAAUGUCGCCCAAUUCCUUAUGUUCUCUUUGGGCCACCGGGAACUGGAAAAACUGUAACAGUAAUUGAAGCCAUUUUACAGAUACAUUAUACUCUACCAGACAGUCGAGUUUUGGUUUGUGCACCAUCAAAUGCUGCAACAGAUUUGAUUUGCUUGCGGCUGCAUCAAAGCAAUCUGUUAAAACCAGGAGCCAUGGUCCGAGUUAAUGCUACCUACAGGUCACCAGAGCAAAUAGAUGAUGUGCUGAAGCCUUACUGUGAAGAGGCUGAUGACAUUCGGAAAGCAUCGUGGUUCAGGAUAAUUAUUACUACAUGCAGCACUGCAGGAAUGUUUUAUCAAACAGAAAUACGGCUUGGACACUUCACUCAUGUGAUUCUGGAUGAAGCAGGGCAAGCAAGUGAACCAGAGAGCCUGAUUCCUAUUGGAUUGAUUUCAGAAUCUAAUGGACAGAUAGUACUUGUUGGAGAUCCAAAGCAGUUAGGACCAGUAAUAAAAUCUAAAAUUGCACUGAAUUUUGGAUUAAAUAUGCCCUUGCUGGAAAGACUGACAUCAAGAGAGAUAUAUCUGAGAGAUGAGGAUGCUUUUAGUGCCUGUGGAUCAUAUAAUCCUUUGUUGAUCACAAAACUUGUAAAGAAUUACAGGUCACAUGCUGCACUGCUUGCCUUGCCAUCUAAAUUGUUUUAUCAUAAGGAGCUAGAAGUUUGUGCAGACUCUUCAGUAGUAAGUUCAUUGCUGCAUUGGAGGAGAUUGCCCAGGAAGGGAUUUCCAUUAAUUUUUCAUGGAAUAAGGGGCAGUGAACUACGUGAAGGUCACAGUCCUUCAUGGUUUAAUCCAACAGAAGCAGUUCAGAUAAUGCAGUAUUGUUGCCACCUUGCUAAAAGCGAAUACACUGCAGUGUCAGUGGCUGACAUUGGAGUGAUUACACCGUAUCGGAAACAGGUGGAAAAAACUAGACUUCUUCUGAGAAGCGUUGAUUUGGCAGACAUUAAAGUUGGCACAGUAGAAGAGUUUCAAGGACAGGAGUACAAGGUUAUCAUUCUAUCAACAGUGCGAUCUCAUGAAGGUGCUUUUGGUGAUGAAAAAUCCUAUUUGGGCUUUCUUUCUAACCCAAAGAGAUUUAAUGUAGCAAUUACUAGAGCGAAAGCUUUGCUGAUUGUUGUGGGAAAUCCUCAUGUUCUCGUGAAAGAUCCCUGUUUUUGUGCACUGUUAGAGUACAGUUUAAUGAAUGAAGUUUAUGUAGGUUGUGACCUGCCUUCAGAGCUGGAACGGCUGCAGAACAAAAUACAUCAGUUAGAAGAGGCUACAGAGACGUUACUGUACACUGCAGAGCUGGAAAACCUUCAGUUCCUGCCAGCAGAAAAUAUUACAUGA